AUGGCCAUUGAGCAGGAGAACUUGACUCUCCAAGAACACGAAUCGGCUGAGAGGGAUUUCCAAAGAAAGGGAAAGGCAACUGCGGGGAGCAGUAAAGCAUCUGGGAAUCGAGGUGGAUUCUGGAAAAGACAGAGGACUAAUCAGCAGGCACCAGCUAGGGCUGCAGCUGCACCUGCUAGGGUUGCACCUAAUAGGCCAGUGGUGAACCCGAAGUGUUUCAAUUGCAAUGAGAUGGGCCAUGUUGCUCGAGAUUGCACGAAACCUAAGAACUUGGCAUGCUUCACAUGUGGCCAGACGGGGCACUUCUCAAGGGAUUGUACCCAGCAGCGUAGGGGACAAGGGAAUCAGCAGAGGCAUCUACCUCCGGGAAAUGCUAGGGUGUUUGCUAUUGGUUUAACUCCUAGGCCUCUUGCUAGAUCCUUGUGUGUUAUUUCCCCACUUGGUGUUUCCCUUGAGCUUGAUAAGUUUUGUGAUGCUUGUCCAAUUGUGAUUGGUGGUAAGGAGUUUACCGCGGCCUUGAUUGUGUUAGCAGAUCAUAAGUCAGAUACUGCUUUAAGGGCAGGAUUCUUAGCUCAUGUGGAGUCAGUGAGUUGUACGGCGGUUAUGGCAGAGAUUUCUGUGGUUUCCGAGUACAGUGAUGUAUUUCAGGAGAUACCAGGAUUACCUCCGAGGAGGGAAGUGGAUUUUGCUAUUGAUGUGAUACCAGGUACUGCACCUCUGAGGUUGUGUGUGGAUUAUCGGCAGUUGAACAAGGUGACGAUUAAGAAUAGGUACCCUUUACCUAGGAUUGAUGACUUGUUCGACCAGCUUAAGGAAGCUGCUGUAUUCUCGAAGAUUGAUUUGAGAUCCGGAUAUCACCAGUUGAGGGUGAAAGAUGAUGAUGUUCCUAAGACUGCUUUUAGGACUAGGUAUGGACACUUUGAGUUUGUUGUCAUGCCUUUUGGUUUAACCAAUGCACCUGCAGCCUUUAUGGACUUGAUGAACCGUAUGUUCAGUCCGUACAUGGAUAAGUUUGUGGUAGUGUUCGUGGAUGAUAUUUUGGUUUAUUCCAAGACGUUGGAGGACCAUGAUAAGCAUCUGCGGAUUGUGCUACAACUUUUGAGAGAAAAGGAAUUGUUUGCGAAAUUCGAGAAGUGCGAAGAGUGGCUUAUGUUGGAGACUGCAUCUGAGUUUGACCUUGUGCAAGUAGGAAUUGAAAAUGGGAGUUUCCUUGGAAGUAUCACGGUACAGCCUGCCCUGAUUUCCAGGAACAUUCAAGGUCAGACAGAGGAUGAGUUCUCAAGUGCGAAGUUGGUAGAGUUAUGCAGAUUUGAGAAGGAGACAUGUUGA